CUGAUAAUCACAAGAUUGAUAUCAGUUAAUUAUUUUAAAUAUAAUUAUUUUGUCUGUUAUUUGAAUUUAUAUUUUUAUAUGAAAUUAAAAAUCUUCUAGAAAGUACAGUAAAAAAUUUUGUGUUUGUAUUAAAAAUUAAAACCAUGUUGAAAAAUUUAGAUGCAAUGGAUGCUGAAUUAAAAGAGCUAGCUAUAGCACUUUAUGAAAUAGAUGCAUUUAAAUUUGGUGAUUUUGUAACUAAAGUUGGUCUUAAAACUCCAAUAUAUUUUGAUCUAAGAGUAUUAAUAUCAUAUCCAAAAAUAAUGGUUCGCUUGGCAAAAAUAUUAUGGACAUUUGCAGAAGAAUGUCCAGAUAUAACACAAAUUUGUGGUGUUCCUUAUACAGCUUUACCAUUAGCAACAUUAAUUUCUGCAGACUCUAAUGUGCCUAUGUUAAUAAAACGAAAAGAAGCAAAAACAUAUGGUACAAAAAAGAUCAUAGAAGGCAAUUUUAAGCAAGGAGAUCAUUGUGUGAUUAUUGAAGAUGUAGUCACAAGUGGUAGCAGUAUUUUAGAAACAGCAUUUAUUCUAAGAAAAGAAGGUUUAAAAGUAACAGACACAUUUGUUGUAAUUGAUAGAGAACAAAAUGGUAAGAAAAAUAUAGAGCAUCAUGGAAUUAGAAUGAGGAGUUUAUAUACAACUACUAGACUUAUGGCAUAUUUGUUAGAAGCUAACAAGAUUACUCCAAAAAUAGUUAAAAAUGUAACUGAUUAUUUAUUAAAAUUUCAAGUACCAAUCAUUUCUGUUCAAGAUAAACGGUUAAAAACUCCAUUUCAUAUUCGUAGCACAAAGACCAAAAAUGCAAUUGCUUCCAAGUUGUUUAAUUUGAUGGAAACAAAGCAAUCCACUAUAUGUCUAGCAGCAGAUUUGACUAAAGCAAAUGAUAUUAUAGAAAUAGCUGAUUUAAUAGGACCACAUAUUGUGUUAUUUAAAACACAUGUAGAUAUAUUAGAAGAUUUUAGCUAUGAUUUUAUCAAACGUUUGAAAGAUUUAGCUAAAAAACAUGAGUUUUUAUUGAUGGAAGAUAGAAAAUUUGCCGAUAUCGGAAAUACGGUAUCCUUACAAUAUGAGAAAGGCAUUUAUAAAAUAUCUGAAUGGGCAGAUAUUGUUACAGUGCACGCAGUUGCAGGUCCAAAUAUUAUAGAUGGCUUGAAAAAUAGUUUAAAAAAUAUAAAUGAACCUCGUGGUUUGUUUAUAUUAGCGGAAAUGUCUUCCAAAGGAGCUUUGACGGUUAAUGAAUAUGCGCAGAGCGCUGUAUCUAUCGCACAAAGUUCGGAUAUGGUGACUGGAAUUGUUUGUCAAUCAAAUAUUUUCUCAAAUUUGGGACUUAUUCAAUUGACACCAGGUGUGAAACUGUCGAAAACUUCUGAUAAUUUAGGGCAGCAGUACAAUAUACCAGAAUCUGUUGUAAAUUCUGGAGCUGAUUUAGCUGUAGUUGGUAGAGGUAUUACUGAAGCUCAAGAUAAAUUGGCUGCUACUUUACAAUACAAAAAAGAACUUUGGACAGCUUACCUGAAACGAAUAUCGAAUUAGUAAAUUUUUCAUUAUUUUAUAAAUAGAUAAAAACCAGAAUAGGGGAAAUAUAUAUCUUUUUAUUUUUGAACAUGUGUACAAUAAUUAAAAAUCGUAAAUAAAUGAACAUUGACAUUGA